UCAUUCUUCUAAACUCCAAAGCGUGCCACUCUCUUCUCAUCACUCUUUUUCUCAUUUUUUUCUCUUUACACAACGAAUCAAUUACUCUCUUCACGUUUUCUUCUUCCAUCCCCACACAAAACCUUCUGUAUCAUUAUUACUAGUAUUAUUUUAUCUAGCUGAAAAUCUCUACCCCACUCCCACCCCAAUAAUACUUUUUCCUGUUUCUUAUUUCAUCAUUUCAUUUCAUAGUUGUGUUUUAUUAAACAUGUAUAAGUUUGAGAACACGCGUAGAGAAAAACGGUUUCAGUUUCACAACCAAACUGAAAUUGAAACCCCCUCUUUCUCUUCCAUUAUUCUCGACAAGAUUUACAGUUCCAUUGACGAAGAAGAGAGUAAAAGCUCUGAUAAGAAAUUCUACACAGAAUCAACGGUUAACAAAAUGACCAAAAUCAAUGCUAAAUGCAAUAGAUUCCAUGAAGAAGAACCAAAUCUUCGCUUGAAAAUCGGAACACAUCGUGAUCGUGAUCAAGAUGUUAUGUUCUUCAGUUCGGCUUCAAGCUCUUCAGAUUCAAGUUCCGGUUUAUUAUCAUCUUCCUCCGAUACAGAAUCAAUGUACAGAGCAAAAACACUAAAUCCGUGUUUCGCCCAUUCGAAGCCGAAGCCGGUGAAAACAACCGUUCUUCCAGAGAGAAGCAUUGCGAGAAACGAAGAGGAUACGUUCAUCAAAUCAAAAUCAAGGGCGAUGAAGCUUUACAACAAUCUCAAAAAGGUGAAGCAACCAAUCUCACCGGGUGGAAAACUCACAAGUUUUCUCAACUCACUUUUCAUAAACACUAAGAAAACAAAAACCGUUUCUUCUCAUGAAUAUAUGAAUGCAGAGACAAAAGGUAAAUUGGAACAAACUUCAACUUGUUCUUCAGCUUCUUCGUUUUCGCGUUCUUGUUUGAGUAAAAACUCAUCUACAUCAAGAGAUAAACCACGUAAUGGUGCUAAAAGAACGGUGCGAUUUUGUCCGGUAAGUGUGAUUGUUGACGAAGAUAAUCGAGUUUGCGGUAACAAAUGUUUGCAUGGAGGAGAAGAUUCAAAUCUAACUGCAUUGUCUGUUCCAGCAGCAUGGAAAAUUGGACGAACAGUGAGUAAGAAGAAAGAAGAAAGCGCUUUGAAUAUGAACAAUAUGAACAAGAGAGUGGACGAAGUUUUAAGAGAGUUUCAUCUUAAUCGGAAGCUUUUGAGAGAUUUUUCUAUGAGAAAAAAUGAGAAAGAUGAAGAUGACGUGGCAAGUAGUUCAAGUUCAGAUCUCUUCGAGCUCGAUCACUUAGUUUCGAUGGGAAAUGAUAGGUAUUAUUCUGAGGAUUUGCCUGUGUUUGAAACUACUACCCAUGUUCGCACUAAUCGUGCCAUUCGCAAAUUUUAAUUACUAGAAUCAUAUGAUUAAUUAACUAUUAACUAUACAGAUUAUAUAGUUAUUUUGUUAAUUUCUUUAUUCAGUGUUCUUGUUAGGCAUGAAUAAAAAUAAUACUAGUAAUAUUCAACGUUUUGUUU